AUGGUAGCAUUUUGUCCGUUUUGCCAUAAUUUGUUAUUCGUUGAAGAAAAUUUACAAGGAAAAUUGCAAUUCACGUGCAAUGUUUGUCCAGUGUUUUUUCCUGUAAAAAAGUUAAUACUGUUCAGGAAUUUUUACAAGCUCAAGGAAAUAGAUGAUGUGUUAGGCGGGGAAGAAGCUUGGAAAAACGUGGAUUCGACCGAAGAAAGGUGUCCUGCGUGCAGCCACGAUCGAGCCUACUUUAUGCAAUUGCAAACCAGAUCUGCCGACGAGCCUAUGACCACGUUCUACCGCUGUUGUAACCCAGAUUGUAACCACAACUGGCGCGACUGA